AAUUUCUUUUCAUCUUUUAUAAAAAUUAUUCUGAUUUCUAAGUGUGAUCUUAACCAAGCAUGCUGGGAUAGAAAAUUGCAGAUAAAAAUGUGCGCAGGUUCUUGCUCAAUCAUACUGUUGUGUAGUGAAUGCUGCUCAAUGGUGAAUUGAAGAGAAGAUAGCAAAAAACAUACUGAUUUUAUUCUGUGGGGAGAACGUUGUUAUUUAAAGAUCACCUUCUUUCGAUCGCUGUUAAAAAAGAAUACAGCAACGCUCGUUCGUUUUAGUGGAUUUGUUGGGAAGCAGAGAACACCGUGUGUAAAGACUGAGCAGCGGAGACAAAGUACAUUAAAAGUAAUUACGAGGAAGACAAUCUGCUUCACACAUGACGAACGUGAUGAGUGACGCAUACGAUUAUCGCGGGUUACGACCAAACGCUGUACCUCAAACAACACCAUACAACAAUGGACUGUCUGCUGGCUAUCACAAUCCAUCUUUGCACUCGACUUGUGGUGCUGCAGCCGCUGCUAAUUAUCUAUCACACUCGGAUUACAUUCCACCACCACCUCAUCUACCCGCUAAACAAGAUUCUCAUCUACAUACACAGAGUGUGACAAACAGUGGCACGAUGUCGUACUACGAUUCAUUGACAGCAGGUUCUGCAGGUCUUGGAGGGUCGUCUGCGCGAUACUCUCCACACUCUUAUCGUUAUUCCCAUUAUCCAACGCAAGGUUCACAGUUAAAUACGACAGCCCACCAUGGAUUAACAGCGAGCGAUUUGACAUCAAAUCCGUCGCAUUCUUACUACCCGUCAUUCGUUCCACCUCCACCAUCCGUCCGAGGAUACUCUGCAUCAAGCUUCCUAUCAGCACACUCUGCUUACUCGUUAGACUCCGACAUCUGUGGUAGAAGCAGAUAUGGAGCACAAUCACCAGGAAGCUUACACAGUCAGUAUUUGGAUCAAGCCUUACUUCAUCAACCUACACCACCUGGUAUGUUUUAUCCCUACAUGCGCCAUCCUGGUGCAACAUACAUUAUGACAUGCAUGUGGAUUGAACAGCAUGGUUUUGCUAAAAUGAAACCAUGUGGUCGACAGUUCUCUACAAUGCAAGACAUUGUGAAUCACUUGAAUGAGGAGCAUGUUCAAACAGCAGACACUGGAAACGGCCUGUAUGUAUGUCAAUGGCAAAAUUGUCCCAGAAAUGGGCUCCCGUUUAAAGCAAAGUAUAAACUUGUGAAUCACUUAAGAGUUCAUACUGGUGAAAAACCAUUCCCAUGUCCGUUCCCUGGCUGUGGUAAAUUAUUUGCACGGUCUGAAAACUUAAAAAUACAUAAGAGAACUCAUACAGGCGAAAGACCCUUCGUCUGUGAAUUUUCUGGAUGUGGAAGAAGAUUUGCAAACUCAUCCGACCGGAAGAAGCAUUCACAUGUACAUACUUCGGACAAACCAUACACCUGUCGAGUAGGCACAUGCAACAAAAGUUACACCCAUCCAAGCAGUCUACGAAAACAUGUGAAGUUGCAUGGAGACGGCUCUCCCACUGGCUUAGAAGAAGACAGCCCUUCCUCACCUUCAAACGAAGAAAUAUCGCCUGGACAAACAAACGAACUUAAAUCUGAACUUCAAACAACUGAAACUGAGUCCUUAUUGACUACAUGAGAAAUUCAUUUAUUUUUAUUUAAUGUUGAUUUGUAUAUAUAUUUGAAUUUACUUGGUGGAUCUAAUUCAGCAAGUACUCUCU